AUGGAGGAAUACAUCCAGGAGGCUCUGUCACAAGGCUACAUCCGGCCGUCUACUUCCCCUGCUGCUUCCAGCUUUUUCUUCGUGGCCAAGAAGGACGGAGGCUUGCGGCCCUGCAUAGAUUACAGAGCCCUCAACAAGAUAACUGUUAAGUUCCCCUGGUCAGGAGAACAUUCGGACGUACCUGCGAUCGAUUACUGGUUCCGAGAGAGCGAGAGGGUCUGGGACUCCGCACACCACCAGCUCCAACGAGCCCUACGCAGGCGCAGGAUGACAGCCAACCUUCGGCGAUCCAACGAUCCCAAUUACCAGCCGGGACAGAAGGUUUGGCUGUCCACUAGGGACAUCAGAAUGCGCCUGCCCUGUAGGAAACUGAGUCCCAGAUUCAUUGGCCCAUUCACCAUCCUGUGGCAGAUCAACCCGGUCACCUACCAACUCCAGCUCCCACCUGAAUACAAAAUUCACCCCACAUUCCACGUCUCCUUGUUGAAGCCUCACUACCCCUCUGUUUCUGUUUCCACAGAGCCUGGCGCAGCCGAGGAACCCCCCCUUCCUAUCAUCGUGGAUGAUGGAGCUGCUUAUCUGGUGAAAGAGAUCCUGGACUCCCGGCGUCGUGGUGGUCUUCUCGAGUAUCUGGUGGACUGGGAAGGUUACGGCCCCGAGGAGUGCUCAUGGGUCCCCAGGAAUGACAUACUCGACCCCAGCCUACUUGACACCUUCCAUGCUACUCACCCAGAGAGACCAGCACCCCGUGGCAGAGGCCGACCACCACGACGUUGGGGUCCGCGGCCCUCAGGAGCGGGCCGUGGAGGGGGGGGGGUAAUGUCACAGACACGCCAGGCUCUACACUCACACAGACACAGAGCACGUCAUCACCAGAAUACUAAUCACUCACACCUGCAGCUCAUCAGCACCCUCAUCACCAGCAGCACAAAAGGCCCACGCUCUCAUUCAGUCACUGUCCGGUCUCGUUUGCACUUGGUACUCACCAGCCUGCUUACCUUAAGGACUCCUCUGAAGAUACUUACCUGUCUCCUGUGUUCCCUCGACUCCUCGUUGUCUCCUCGUCUCCUGUGAGUUCAUCUGUGUCUGCUUAAGCUUCAAGUCUGCCAUCCGUCUGCCCAUCCUGCAAAACCAAGACAAGUAUCAGUUUAUCAGCUACACCAGUCAACGUGUUAACCUGUCUUCACUCACCUGCACUCUGUCAUAUUCUGGUCGCUCAAUAAACUUUAAUACCUGCAUUCCUGUGUCGCUGUCCCCUUCUGUGUCCGUAACAAUAAGUACACUUAUUUUGAUGUAUUGACUAAUAUACUAAAGAACAUGAAAAAUAAUUUAUUUUAAUUUCAACUUAUGUGUGUUGUCUAAAAUGACAUUUGUUAAAGUAUUUUAAAUGUGCUUAGUCUUUAAUAUAUACUGUGCAUUAAUACACCUGAAAUGUAUUUUUCUUUUGAAUUUCAAUACACUUGCUUAUACAGUAUAAUCCAGUACAACUUAUUGUUGAAAUUUUUUAUCACCAGCUCCUGCUCUAAACUCAAUUAGUGUCAGUUUUCUACAUAAUAUUUGACAUAAAAUGUCAUUUAUGGAGUGCUGUAUUACUAAUGCAAUAGUGCUGUACUUUACAUAUGUGUAUAAUACUUUUAAUAUCAUUAUGUUGUUCUAAGUCGAUUAAACAUAUUUAAUUGCAUUAAUUGCAAGCAAAAGUUUAACAAAUCUAAACAAAAUUAAUUUGAAUUCACAUUCAGUUAAAAUACAUUUAAUUUUAAUCAGACUAAACUGUAAAAAUGGACUUUGUUAGGUGAAUGAGUCAAGUUCUGUAAACUUACAGACUAACUACAACAGUGAAACUUCAACUUGAACAGAAAUUAAAUCAUGCACGUAUUAUAGCCUAUAAACGUUUGUUUAAUGCGCAUGCGCCAAAAUACUACGUCAUGACGGCGCACUACUUCACCAGAGUUUGAAAAAUGCACUUUCAGACAUCUUUCUGUAGUCGCGAUGCGUGAGGCAGCUUUGCUGAUCAAAGAAGAAGAAAACAAAGGAGCGUACAUUUGGAUGACUACAGAUGAGACGUUAUGUACUACAAAUAAAGAGGCAAGUAAGUAUCCUAAUAUAUGCUUUCUUUAUUUUUAUUUUUUCACCGUAACAUAGCAGUUCUUAUUGCCAUUAAGAGUGUAACUUAUUUAGUUUAAUCGCAAUAUGGAGGUGAAUUAAUCAUAUUUCCUACAAUUUAUUUAUGAUUGCAUUAUAAUAAUUUCUUGUAUAUGAAUGUGAUCGCGUGUGUGGGCGUGUUCAAAGAAUUUGGCUGCUGAAAAUAUAAUAUUUUAAUUGAACUCUGACUUUUUAAAUCAUUUUAAAUGACUUAAAGUUAAAUUUGCAGAACUAAAUUCAAAGAUCUGAUCUUGUAACAUUCAAAGACAUUUAUAUAUAUUUAAUCCAUUAAAUCGCUAUAUAACCACCAGUAAUGCUCAAUAUAUCACCCCCUCUAGAAAUACUGCUUAUAAUCUAUUUUUCUUUUUGCAUUUGAAAAGUGAGGUGUUCAAUUACUGUUUGUGUUUGUAAUAUGUAAUAUUUUUGUGCUUAUCUGGAGUUAUAUAUUCAUUUUGAGGAUCAGUACAGAUUUGUCAUUGGAGAUACAGUGCAAGCUGUGUGGAAUCAAAGACCCGUAUUGAUGAGGUGAUGUUACAAAUUCUGCCAUUAAUUCUGCCAUUAAUUCAGCCAGCACACACUGAUCACACACUACAAGCUAAACUCUGCCAUCAACUAUCCUUAUAGCUUUUAAAUGCUUUGAAUCUUUUCUAUUUAUUUGCAAGUGAUAAAUUCUCACCUGUGCACUUACAAAUCCCCAUCUAAUCAUUAUAUAUUUAUAAAUAAUGAUAUUAUAUCAUUAUUUUCAAAGCAAAAACACAUUCUGUGUGAAUGACCCCUCAAUUUGAUUGGGUCUUGGGUUAUUUAUAUAUAUUUGUGUAAUUGAUAAAGUUAUGUUUAAUUCCCUGUAAAGUAGGAAUAAAAACAUUUAUAAAAAUGUUCUCUAUGUUUAAAGGGCAGUGUCAGUGAAGAUGGUGUGGUCACUGGAAUCCUGGUGUUUGUGGGAAAUGUGAAGAAGCCUCUCCCAGGAUUCUACUACAGUGUUGUCCUGAUGACUGAGGUAUUUUUUUUUUUUUAACUUUCAUGCCUCUUUGGAACAUGUCCAUUUACGCAUACUGUGUAGAGAUGGUGCGCAGCUUCAUGGACAUUUGAGGUUUUCUGCCGAUGGAGAGCUUCUGGGACAUUGACAUAAACAGCACUUUUUCCUACAACUUCAAAAAUUUGGUGACAGACAAUUUUGGUUUUCUUUUUUUUGUGCCUUUGGAAUUCGUCAAGUUUUUUUGUUUUGUUUUGUUUUUUCUUUUUAAAAUUACAUUCACUGUAAUGCUGGAGUAAGAUUUUAGAAGAAACCUUUUGGUCCUGUUUAAUGUUUGUGCUAUAGUAAAGGUUUCAGAGCUUAUAAGUAACAAGGUUCGGUAAUAAGGUCUCGUUUGUUAACAUCAAUUAAUAUAUUAGACAACAUGAUCUAACUAUGUGCAUUAACUUUUUUACAGUAUUUAUUAAUCUUUGUUAAUAUUAGGUAAUAAAAAAUAUAGUUUUUUCAAGUUAGUUAAUAAAAUGUAUAGUCAUUGUUCGUGUUAGUUUACAGUGCGUUAUCUAUUAACAUAUGCAACUUUUGAUUUUAAUAAUGCAUAAGUAAAUGUUAAAAUUAAUAUUAACUAGGAUUUAUAAAUGCUUUAAAGUAUUUUUCAUUCAUAGUUCAUGUUAACAACAGUAGUUAACUAAUAAAAAGUUAUUGUAAAGUGUUACCCAAAGUUUUGAAUCUUUUCUUUACAUUUUGUUUGUAUUAAUUCAUGGGUGUUAUCUUAUUUAUCAUGUUAUAGAUCAUACAGAAUGAUUUUUUUUUUCUGAAAAUGUAAAAAUGCAGAAAGUUUUCUGAUGGGUAGGUUUAGGUGUAGAUACCUUUGUAUGUGAGGGAGAAAAUGAUAGUGCAUAUAAGCCUCACUGUCCUCCAGACUCUUUCUAAAUGAGAGUUAAAGUGUUGUAAUUGCUUGUGAUUGUGUAUAGUGUUUUUUGGGUUUUCUUGUGCAUCAACAAAAAAGGUUUUUGUGUAUUUGUUUUAGAGAUUGUUUUGUCAAUAAAUGUAGAGGGUUUCAAUUUGCAUUUGUUUUGAUUGUAAUAUUUUGAAAUAUACUAAAUUGUAACUUAUUUAUUAUAUGUAAUUACAAAUAUUGUAAUAACAAAUGUAUUAAAUUAAAUAAAAAUGUAUGUAAAUAAUGUAAUUACAAAUAUAUUGAAUUAUAUAAUAGUGUACAUGUAAAUGACAUUAAAGUAUUUUUUAGUUCACAUUAA